UAAUUAAUUGGUUGCCAUGGCAAAACAUAGGCACAAUAUGGCAUUUUGCUGCUCGACGCUAAAUCAAAUAACUGAACAACAUGCGCUAUUUGAAACGCCUCUUUGGUCGCAUAUGUUUCUCAAGGGUCACGUGUAGUGACUGAGUGAAACGCAUUUUCGCAAGGCUGAUUUUUCCUCCAGACAACUGAUGCGUUAUUUCUUGGACGAAAGAAAGGCUAAAACGGGGCGAAACUGGACAAAAUAAAUGACUUGAAAUACUCCAAAAGCGUUUAAUAUGAAAUCGAUUGAUAAAAAAUAGUUAUUAAAGGAAGCGAGGAAAUAGCAGCAUUUUUUUCACUAUCAGACACUAUAGUCUCGUAUUCAUAAACCCUUGCGCUAUCAGACUGCGUCGUUGACAGAGAAAUUUUAUUAAUCAUUGUUUUAUUAAGUUAACAAAACCGAUUCCAUGUGUUUCUUGCCAGCUGAUUAUACGCGGAUUGUUGAAGCCAAAACUUUAAAAAUUUCGUUACAAGCUCAAACAAAAGGUGUGAAGUUUCUUUUGACUCUCAUGAUAAGCUGGUUAAACAUGUAUCGAAUUUUGUUAUAAACAUAAUUGGAUGACUUUCUCUAUUCUAUAAUGCUAUCUUUAUGAGGUUAUAGGUAGAUUACUAUGUUGAAUUUCAAAGACUCAUUAACCAUGGCUCAGGUAGUUGUGUUCCUCAUCCUCGUCCUGUCUAGUGUUGUGAAGUCAAGUUGGAUAAAACAAAUGGAAGGUGAGCGUAUCCAUUCAAGUUAUAUAAAGAAUCCAGCUCUAUUUGAAGGGGAUAUGGUUUUAACUCCAUCACAGCUGCAACAAGUAAAAGAAGGCACUUUCACAUUUUCUUCAGUCACGUCAAAAAACAGAUUGUGGCCUAAUGGUAUCAUCCCUUACACCAUUUCAUCUGAGCUGAAGAGAGAACAAAAAGCAAUGAAAGAACUUAAUGAAGCUAUCAAACAGUAUCAUACUUAUACAUGUUUGAGAUUCAAAAGAAGAACAACUGAGAAAGGAUAUAUUGAGUUUUAUAAAGGUGGAGGCUGUUCCUCUCCUGUUGGUUAUGGUGGUGGAAGAAAUUGGGUGUCUUUAGGACAAUGGUGUUGGUGGAGAGCUACAAUCAUGCAUGAAAUAGGACAUAGUAUAGGAUUUGUCCAUGAACAAACUCGACCGGACAGAAACAAAUACGUAAAAAUACUCUUUGAAAAUAUCAUCAAAGGUUUUGAGCACAACUUUAAAACGCGCAGUUCGACUGAAAUAAGUUCUAAAGGCAUGCCCUAUGAUUACCGUUCAAUGAUGCAUUACUCUUGGAACGCGUUUGGCAAAGAACAAAAGAUGACCAUUCAAACACUGGAUCCGUCGAAACAACACGAGAUUGGUCAAGAUGAAGGGUUUUCUCAUAUUGAUAUUCAAAAAAUUAACAAUCUUUAUGGAUGCACUGGUGUAUAUCCUACUUUGCCACCUUAUGUACCGCCACCAAAAGGGUGCUUCAAUAGCGGUGCCUCUUGCACCGGGGAUGCAAAUAGUGGUCAUUGCACGAAUCGAGUGUACAGAGAUUACAUGAGAAAAAGUUGCAGAAAAGCUUGUGGUUUGUGUGGCCAUGGUAUAACAGCCCCUCCACCAGGUUGUGAAGACAUUCUUGGAAACUGUGAACAACUGGGUCAGGCAAAAUGCAAAGACAAAAAUCCACUGUGGGCUAACUUAAUGAAAGAGAAAUGCAAAUUGUUUUGUAACUUCUGUUAGAAAUAAUACAUUUGUUGCAAAGAA